AUGCCAGAGAACGAGUUUUCUCCGUGCUCAAUCGAACACCAGGACGUUUUUAUGUACGAAGACGAAAAGAACAUGCGCACGAGUAUGACUAGCGAGCGCGCGGACAGUCCAACUUAUCUGGAUAUCUCCGCCAGUAAGACGUCUGCGUUCACAAAUAUGAAGACAGAGUCUGACCCCGAUACGCUCCUCAGCUGGACCCACAAACACCCGGAACACUGGUCCCAGAACGAGAUCCUUGACUGGAUAUUCUUCGUCGCAACCGAAAUCAAGGUAGACCCGGCCACGAUAAGAGGCGAGGGGUUCCAAAACAUUAGCGGUCCCGAGCUUUUUUCUACGAGAUGUUCCACGAACUUCACAAAGAUGCCUUUUUCAUUAGUCCCUCGGAAUCUCACGGAGUCCAACACGUGCCAGCAGAGCACUGCUGUGAAACCCGAUAUCAAGCAAGAGUUUCUUGUUGCCAACUGCGACUACAUGGAACAAAAAACCGAUCUUGGUAUCGAUAACAUUGUAAUGAAAGGCGACGAAUUACAAGUCCUGAUGGGACAAAUGUGGUACCCGAUUGACCCUUACAUGACCGGCGAAAUCCAGAACAUAAUCGAUUCCAACCCGCUUCCAGAAACCGAUUCUAGCAGUAGCGGUUACGCAAGCUCGUGCUCUGACUAUGAAACCAUGAGCGAGUGCUCCGACUCCAACAUGGACACUUGCAGACAAUCUCAAUACCCGGGCGAGCGCAACGGCUCUUGCGGCUCGGAAAUCUUCACAGACGACGAAAUGUCGUCGCUGCUCGUUUCCGAUGACAUGAAAAAAGUGACGUCACCAAAGAGGAAGGCCGUGCAAAAGCGGAAGCAGAAAUCUGGUGAGCCGACGAAGCCUCAAAAUCGCGGCCGGAAACCUGGCCAAAUUUCUAAGGGCAACCACCUGUGGGAAUUCAUCAGAGAUUUGUUAAAGGACUCCAAGUACAAUCCUCACCUGCUAAGAUGGGAGGAGAAGGAAACCGGUGUCUUCCGGUUUGUCCAAAGCGAGGCUGUGGCGCAAAUGUGGGGCAGGAAAAAGAACAACCCUGGAAUGACGUACGAGAAACUGAGUAGGGCCAUGAGGUUUUGUCGAACGGCCGGCUACUUUGCAGAAGUGCCGAAAAACCGGCAAAUUUCCAAAGAAAUUGUGCUUUCGGUUUGGAUCGAAAGCAAUUGGUUGGGCGGAAUAAACAACUUGGAUUUUGGAGGCUUUAGGUAUUACUAUAAACGAGGUAUCCUCGACAGGGUGGACGGUCGAAGAUUAGUGUACAAAUUUGGCAUUAAUUCUCACGGCUGGAAAUAGAACAUCGGCGCGAGAUUACGUCAUGUGGAUGACGUCAUUUCCGAGUGCCACCUCUUUGGCGAAUGGCUGUUGUGAUCCGGAGACUUGAUCUCAGGUCUAUAGACAAUGCCCAGACAGGGCGAUAAACAUCCAGUAUAAAACUACUACUAACAAGUAUUGUAAUGGUAAAGGCCGAGGGCAUCGAAAAAGUGAAGUUGUCGGCCUUUGAUUCUCGCAUGGCCUUACGUGUCACUAAGUUGUCGGCCUUUGAUUCUCGCAUGCUCUUACUUGUCACUGUGCAUACUAAUAAACGCAUUUUGCAUUUGUAAUUAUGCAAAUCGGGACCUGAAAGUGAUUAUACGUGAGAUAUGCGUGGACUGCUGCAAGCGAAGACAAUGGUUCGGAAAAUAUUGUUAGUGCUGUGUACAGAAAGAUCUGACCCUAUUACCAGUAUACAUAUGUAUGUGCCUGAAAAACUUCUGGAUCAAACUUGAGUGCUUGCUAAAUAUGCUUGGUAGCUGACAUGCAUGUCUUUUUUAGAGACAAAUAGUGUUUGGCCAGUGUUAUAAUAUCAUCUGUUCAAAUUGACAUAGUAUUAAAUGUAUGAUACAAUAAAAAUUGUGUUAAUAUAUACUGUAAACUAGAUCUGUUCUCACAUAAGUCUGAUUUAAUUUGGAUAGAAAAUGAUUUCAAUAUGUCAAAUACAUUCGAACUGUUCUGCAUAAAAGACUGUUUUAAUUACUUAAAGUGAACGCACAUACAUCUGUUACUUAAGAGUGAAACGACAAUCAAGCAUGUUUGCAUUUCUCUACACACAUUGAUUGAAUCUCAUUGAAUAUUUGCUAAUGUAUGGGUCCCAUCACCAUGUAUUUCAUAGUAAGUUCUUCUUUAUUAAGCGCCCAUUUUAUGAUUGAACCAUAUCUUGUAUUAAUACAAAUGUUUUCUAAGGUCUAAAUUGUUUUCGUCUUAGGACGUUUACUGCACAUUGUAUUUUUGUCUUUAAUAAUAGGCUUUGUUCAUUUUGGUCAUCUAGAAUUUCAUGGAUAUCAAAGUAUUGUUGAGUGUCUCAAAUAUAAAAACUGUCCUUUUUAUAUUUUUAUCAAAUUUUAUCAGUGCGGUUUGGUCGACAAUCCAAUGUAUUAUAUCUGUAACGUCUAUCAAUAUUGCCCGCCUUGUAUAUAUGCAGGUGAUAUCAGCGUUUUGAAAAGAAAAAUGAAACAAUGAUCAUUCAAACAAUGAGGUUUUAGGACCGUUGUGUAAGUUGUUUACCAACAACUCUAAAACAAUGCCAGGCUAUUAACAGACAUAAAACAGAAGUAUUGAGUAAUUUAAUUAAUUAGUUAGUUCAUAGAUGCACGUAGAGGUCAAACAUAAAAUGACAUUUAUUGGGUACCUUCGGUGCAGUUUUUAUCAUAAUCAACUAUUGUGUAAGUGACAGGUAUGAUUCAUACAAUCUUAAAUUGUAUCUAACUCUAUGACAUGAUUCGAAUACAUGCGGAUAAACCGUAAAUUGUUUGUAGGGUUAUAAUUAAAUUCUCUUAUCAAAAGAUAUGGACUGAAAUGUUUGUUUAUUCUUGGGAGACUUUUUAUUUAAAUACCUGUUUAAAUUAUCAUUAUGUUAACAACCUUAUUCACAGCGUAUCUAAUAUGACGGAAAAUAUUUUUCAUAAUAUAAAAUUAAUAGGUGUGUUCAUAAUAUAUCAAUUUGGAUUCCGGAAAAAAACUACCGGUGUGUCAGUAUGUCUGUAAAAUAUAUUAAUCGCCAUUUGCGAACACUAGGGUAAAACAUCUCAAGUAUGAAAUGUUGCAGAUUUCGUGCAACAUUAACAUCUGUUUUUCUGUUAUAGUGCCUACCAAUUAUUGCUUAAUUAAUAGAAUAGGCCUGAUCUGGGGCGUGCAAUAUUUAUGUAUAUAUAACGUUUCUUCUCUAUCGAAAAUAGUUAAUCUUAAAUGACUAUUACUUCGUGUUUAAUAUGGAAAUUUAAUCAAAGUUUUCCAUUGUAUAGAAUGAACACGAAAUGAAUCUAUGUGUUUGUAAUAUUAUUGCAUGAAUUAAAAUGUUUCUAUUUUUGUUAAAAAAUGAUGUUUAAUAAAAUGCAAACUAUC